GAUACUGCCCCGUCAGCUUUAGAGUCUUAACAGAGCGCUCCUGGGAAAAGACAGAGAGGGAUUUGGAGUGAAGGCAGUACUUUCAGCCAAUACCUCCCCCUUAUUCACAGUCACACACUUCUGGCUGACUUAUCACUUAAACUCACCAUGAGUCACAGCUCAGGCGCUACAAGUCAACGAACAAGCAGAAGCUUCUCUUCUGGACAAGUGAUUUCCCCACCGACAUUUAAGAUGAAAUUUUCAACACCUGAUUAUGACUAUAGUGAUUCCAACAUGGAGCUGGUCCCACCGUGCAGUGUGGAGUCAGUCAACCUCCUGGGAGCUCAGCUAUCUAUCCUCUUCUACUUUAUGUUUGUCUUCAGUGUUUUUGGCAAUGGACUCGUCCUGCUCAUCAUCCAUCGGUUUGAGAAGCUGACUACUGUGACCAACAUCUUGCUGGUCAACCUGGUGAUGUCCUCCUUGAUCUUCAUGAGCAGUCUCCCCUUCAUGGGAGUCUACUUGCAGCUCUCCAACUGGAUCUUCGGCAAUGUCAUGUGCAAGAUUCAUGGCACCGUGUACUAUCUGGGCUCCUACAGCUCCGUCCUGUUUCUAACCCUUUUGACCUUCGAUCGACACCUUGCAGUUGUUCACUCCCUGACCGCGUCUCGAUUGAGAAGUCAAAGGUAUGCGGCAGUAUCCUGCGUGUUGGUGUGUUUGGUCAGCUGCCUGUGCAUGCUUCAAGCCCAUGUAUUUUAUACAAAGGCGUUGGUUGAUUUCGAGAACACAACGUACUGUCAGGAGUAUCUUAAUGAAAUACCUGGUAUAGAAGGGAAGCUGCUGAGUGACUUUGGAUUCUACAUUCAGCUUAUCCUUUUCUUGAUCGUUCCUCUUGCUGUUACCAUCUACUGCUAUGUCAGGAUUGCUAUCACUGUCGUUUCAUCCAAGAUCGUCACCAAAUUCAAGACAGUCAGGUUGAUAUUUGUCAUUGUACUGCUAUUUUUCACAUGCUGGAUCCUAUUUAACAUUCUAAUGCUGAUGAAUGAUGAAGACGCUGACUGUGAAACAAGGCAGAAAAUGGAUUAUGCUCUUGAAGUCACUCGUGUCAUGGCCUACGCUUACUUUUGUAUCAGUCCCGUCUUUUACACAUUUGUUGGGAAAAAGUUUCAGAAGUAUUUCCGACAGUUGCUGGUAAAAACUUUCCCACGGUUCAAGAGGGAUGUUUUUGUGUGUCUGCAGAAUAGGAGCAAGAUGUCUACACAGAGCACUCAAAAUUAGCUCUAGGCAUCGGAAGCCUUUUGUUCUUAAGGACC